UAUGAGCAUUUGCUUCUGCUAUUGUGGUGACUGAAUUGCUUUCCAGUACCAGGGUAUUUAGUUAAGCAGAUUGUGUUUUCUUACACUCAGCAAUGAUCUUUCUUGAUGGCAGCUGGUGACAAGUGGCUUGGGUGACAGCAGAAUUACACAAACAGAGACAUGGUCAUGCAUACAAACCACAUCAUAACAAGAUGGGAUGCAGCACUGCCAGGAUCAUGAAUUAUGGUGCUGGUGAAUGAAGAAUUUGUAACACGGACCAGUGAAACUACUAUCCUCUGUCCACUAUCCACGUGAAGUCCAGAGGAAAUGUACGGAUGGACUGUAAAAAUGAGUAUGCCGAGUGUUUUGGCUGUGGUGAUGGUCUUUUUUAUGAUUCCUGGUGGGGUGCUGAGUGAUAUGAGAGGUACUCAGGGUCUGGAAGCCCAACAAUUGGCUCAGGGGUCCACUCAUUUGCACCGUCGCCUGAAGAGAGGCUGGAUCUGGAAACAGCUGUUUGUCCCCGAGGAAGAUCCUACUCCUCGUGUUAUUGGCCAGCUCAAAUCUGAUUCUGAUCAAGGUGAGUCUUCCAUCAAGUACAUAUUAUCAGGAGAAGGUGCUGGAGAUGUGUUUGAAAUAAACGAGUAUACUGGGGAAAUCCGGACACUGAAGAAGCUUGACCGUGAGGAAAAGGCGUUCUAUGUGCUCCAAGCCCAGGCCAUCAAUAGAUGGUCCAACGAACCAGAGGAGCCCCAGUCAGAGUUCAUCAUCACAGUGCAGGACAUUAACGACAAUGUCCCCCAGUUCCAAAAUGAGCCAUAUGUGUCCAGCAUUCCUGAGAUGUGUCCAAUUGGGACCACAGUGGCACAGGUGACAGCCACAGAUGCUGAUGAUCCCAUGUUUGGAAACAACGCCAAGCUCAUCUACUCCAUCCUGCAGGGGGAACCUUACUUCUCUGUGGAGCCAAAGACCGGGAUUAUUGUAACAUCUUGGCAAAAUAUGGACCGUGAAGCCAGAGAGCAGUACCAGGUGGUGGUGCAGGUGAAGGAUAUGCUGGGUCUCAGCGGCGGUUAUUCCUCUUCCACUACGGUUACGGUCAGCUUGACUGAUGUCAAUGACAAUGGACCCACAUUCCAGCAGCACCUUUACACCUUUGCUGUCCCCGAAAACGCAGCCAUCGGCACCACAAUAGGCAGAAUCAUGGCAGAGGAUGGAGACACUGGCAUCAAUGCCAAAAUGACCUACAGUCUGGAGGGUGAACUGGAAGAAAGCACUUUUACCAUUAAAACAGACCCAGUAACACAAGAGGGAGUAAUUCUACUGGCCAAGCCUUUGGACUUUGAAGUUAAGAGACGUUUUGACAUGACCGCUGAGGCGGUCAAUGACCACGUGGACACUCGUUUUCUGAGUCUGGACGAGUUCACUGAUAAGACGACAGUGAAAGUCAUUGUGAGAGAUGAGGAUGAGCCACCUGUUUUCCUUUCGCCAGUCUACGAGUGGAAACUUCCUGAAAAUGCAGCUGUGGGAACUGUGGUUGGCAGCGUUAGCGCUAGAGACACUGACACAGUCAACAAUCCCAUCAGAUACUCUGUUGACAAAAGGAGCGAUACCACAAAAGCUUUUAAAAUAGACCCAAACAAUGGAACGAUAACUGUCGCUAAGUCUUUGGACCGAGAGACUGCAGCCUGGCACAAUGUGACAGUUGAAGCUAAGGAAACAACGCAGAACCAUUUAUCCUCCUCUGUGGUGGUGUUCAUCAAAGUACUGGACAUAAACGACAAUGUGCCAAGGCUUGCAAGAGAUUACCAGCCAUAUAUCUGUGAGGGGACGCAGGCAGGAGAACUCAUUCAGCUGCUCAGCGCCGUUGAUCCAGACGACCCUGUCGAAGGACAUCAUUUCUACUUCUCUAUGGUCCCCGAGAAGCGCAUUAAUCCAAACUUCACAAUCAGAGAUAAUCAAGACAACACAGCUGGAAUCGUGGCACGCCGGAGUACUUUCACCCGUAAGGAUCGAACCCAGUACCUUUUGCCUGUGGUGGUGGCAGACAGUGGCUCUCCAGCCCUUUCCAGUACUAGCACUCUCACCAUUAGUGUGUGCAGCUGUCAGCCUGCAGGCCAUUGUCCCACAGGAGGGGUGGAAGCCCUUGCUCUCUCCAUGGGGGUGAGCCUACAAACCUUGUUAGGGAUUCUGUUCUGCCUGGUCACACUCACAGUGCUGUCAGUCGUAAUGCUGAUAGUGAGGAGACACAGGAGAAAACAGCAGGAGGGACGUGAGGUGGAGGUGAAGGAGCUGGAGCUGCCUGAGACUGUGUCGCAGAAGGUGUUUUAUUAUGGAGAAUCAGGAGUUGGAGGAGUGGAGCUGGACUUCUGCCAACCUACUGUCCCAAUGCGCCCCCACCCCAGGAGAAGGGAGAGGAGGAUGCGAAGGGAAGAUGUCAGGGCCAGCAUACGAAUGUCCCUCCGAGAGUCACACCUCAUUGGCCCGGAGGACGAGGUCUUCAGGCAGUUUAUUCUGGACAGGCUGGCAGAAGCUGAUCAAGAUCCUUAUGCUCCUCCUUUCGACUGCCUUCAAACUUAUGCAUAUGAAGGGUCGGGGUCUCCCACAGGGUCUCUGAGCUCACUGGACUGUUCUACUUUGGAGUCUGACCAGUCUGUUUGUAAUCCCAGACCCUCUCUAGCAAGACUCACACCAUGGUACGGUGCAAGAGAGGAAGACACAAUCUUUUAAUCUGCUUUAUUAAACAAGUGCUCCUGUUCCUGAGUGCAUGUCCAAGAAGCACUCAUGAAGAACAUGCAGUCCAAAUCCAUGUUAGAUUACUGGUGAGUCUAAAUUGGCCUUAUGUGUGAAUGUGAGUGUGAAUGUGAUCCGUCUCUCUUCAGCAAUAGAACGGCGACCUGUCCAGGGAUCACCCCGCCUCCUGCUCUAUGAUGGAUGUGUUAAGAGUUGACUCGAACAAAAAGUUUGACAUUUUAUGAAGUAAAUUUUCCGACUGAGAAACUGUAUUUAUCAAAGUGUCAGUCUCCUGCAUUCCUUUAUUGAUAAGAUCAAGCCUUAAAAACAGAUACUGGCGGCCUGAUACAUUUUGUUUUGUAUAUCACUGCUCAAUAACAUGAAUAACUUAAACUUCAUGAUAUGAUAUUGUUUCUAUUAUAAUGGAGCUUGAGAGCAUAAUUAAUCACUAGAUGUUGGCUGUGUUAAAUGUGUCAGUGAUUUAAAUGACCAGGGCAUGAAAGACUGACCUGCCAUGUUGCACAAUAUCAUCAAUCUUGUUGUCUUAUUCAGAUGAUCAGCAGUCAGGAUGCAAUGUUGUAUGCAGUGACCAAGACUGCAGCUUGCAUCUUCUUUCUCCUCAAAGCCAGUGAUGAACUAUUUCUUCUUAAAGCUUACAUUUUUGGUUUUUUUGGCAAUGUGGGGGAAACAGAGCAGGCUGAUAUCAUGUCGUCAUAUUUUUGUUUAUCCUGUGAAGCUGUUAUAGUAUAUAUUUUGGAAGCAGUCGCCUUCUGAUCAGGCAGUAUUAGGGCAUCCAAGUUGUAGUCAGUCAAUAUUUACUUAUAGGCGUGUUUUGCCUCCACCAAGAACGGACAAAAAUAAUAUAACAUGGCUCCUUGGCUUCUUAACUUGGUGACUGUGUUCAGCUGUGAGCUGUUUAUCUGUUGUUGCAUUAAGUAGGGAGUGCUCAGUGGCUUUAUUAGCUUUUUUUGCUGGAAACUGCUCUCUGUUGCAGCAGGAAAAUAGGCUGUUUAUAACAGUGUUCGUACGCUGGAAAACCAAAAUAAUGAGUUUAAAUAGGCUAAAGUGCUCUUUAAGCUGAAGAAAAUGCUAUGUAACUUACAUGGCAUUGAUUCAUUCCUAUAAGCAGUCCUGUGACACGAACACACUUACUACUCAUUAAACAAACAAACAAAAAAAGGUAACUAAGACAGUUUUGUUGGUUGGGCUGAAUAUUAGAAAAUCAUCUUAUUUGUGAAAAAAUUAUAUGCUUGUUAUGCAGGGCCAUGUUACCUGAAGUAGUUUUUAAUAUUGAAUGUUAUUUAUUUUAUUCUGCUGUUAUCAAGUUUUUCUUUUAUGCUUUAUUUCUAUUCAGAAUUUAAUUCAACAAGGUAAACUUUCAUAUAUUUUAUAUUCAUUACAUAUUGCUUGUUUGAACUUUCAUGAUUAUGGCUCAUAGCUCAUGAGAAAUGCAAUAUCACAAAUUACUAGAAAUUCCAUUUCAGUAAAUUACUAUUCAAACAUGGGCGAGACUCCAGAGUUGACAGCUGUCCAGGAGACGAUCAUGGACAUCUUCAAUGAGGAGGGUAGUCUGCAGAACGUCUCUGCUGAAAAAAGUCUGUUUUCAUGGU